AUGGACAAGGACACCGAGAUCCGCCAAUAUGAACCAACAGAUCAGGCGCAAUUUGAACAGUUUUAUAAGGAGAUGCAGAGCAAAAAGAGAACCAGCCGAGUGUUGCAUGCCCUCAAGCAGAGAUCCAGUGCUAGGAGGACUUGGCAAGCAGGAUUGGUGGGUAUACUGGGCAUACACUUCUCUCGACACAGUCAUGCACUAUGGCUGAUAGCAGAGCUGCUGCUGUGGAGUGCUGGUGUGAGUGUGUUUUGGUUCAAAUGGAUCAGCCAAGAGUACGACGCAGAAUUGCAAAAGACAUGCCAGCACAUGGCAACUGAACUAGCCAAGAUUCGAAAGAGCGAAAAGAGCAAUGCAUGGAUCAUGACCAAGCAAGGCAACAUCAUUGGCACAGUCGCUUUGAAGUACGAAUCAGGAGAAGGGAAGAUUGGCUACUUGACAGGCAUUGAUCCGCAAGUUCGUCUAUUACUGUUGAAGAACGCGUUCAGGUUUGGUCGAACAAUCAAUAUUGAUGUUGUAAGCAAAUGGAAAGAUGAUAUGAAAUGGUCCGAAAGUGCAUUGUAA